AUGAUCAAAGAGAAACUUAAACAAGCACAGAAUCGACAGAAAAGCUAUUAUGAUAAUAAGCACAGACUGCUUGAAUUCGAAGAAGGUGACCAUGUACUUGUGCGAUUAUCUCCGGUCACGGGUGUUGGCCGUGCAUUGGGUGUGAGGAAGCUGUGUUCUUGGUUUAUUGGGCCAUAUCAGAUUAUGAAAAGAGUGAGAUUGGUGGCCUAUCAGCGUGCCUUGCCCCCUCAGUUGUCAAAUCUACACGAUGUUUUUCAUGUGUCGCAGUUGCGACGUUAUGUUCCGGAUGAAUCACAUGUGUUGAUACCGGAUGACAUUGAAAUUCGGGAGAACUAG